UUGCCCUUUUUGUGCCUUGCAAAGGCCAUGCUUUAGCUUGUUAGAUGGCUUCAGAAUCAGAGACAGAGGACGUGCAGAAGGUGGUGGCACAGCUCGUGGCGCUGCUGGUUUGCGAGCAGGAUGUCUCGGAUGAUCCCUCCCGGCACUUCGCCUGGCAGCGCAGAGAGGAGAACAUCGACUUGCCCCACCUGGCGCGCCGCGCUAUGGCUGAGAGGCCAAGGCUAACCACAGGGCGCCUGGGGAAGCUGGUGGAUGAGGUUAGCCGAAUGCUUCGCCUGCCGCAGAGCGAUUGCUACGGGCUGGUGGAGCGUGCCCUGGGCCUCGCCGGCCGGCCUGUGCGGCGCGAUGGCGAGGCACUGGGUGCGGCCGAUGCGGCACAGCGCUUUGUGGGUGACGCGGCACAGCGCUUCGUGGGUGAUGCGGCGCAGCGCUUUGCAGCGCGGCCAACAGUGCAGCCCCUUGCCCAUAGUCUGAAUUCAGGCCUCGCCACCUCGAUGAGCGACCCAUGGGGACGAUCAGAGAACAUCGGGCACAUCCUAGUUGAGCUGCUGACAACGCACCCCAGGUCCGCUGUGAAGGCGGCGUGUCUGGGCGCGUUGAGCAAGCUGGACCUGCCACAGCUGCAGGUGCACCGCAUGAUCAUCACCUCGCUGCUGGCGGCGGUGCCGGGUUUGGUGCCCUUCGUGGAGCACUCGAAGACCUGCGAUGGCGCUGUGGCCAUCGAGCUCCUGUCGUGCAUUAUUCGCUAUCUGCAGGCGCUGCCCAUCAACAAGGGACGCUACGGCCUGGAUCUGCAGCCGCUGACCCACGUGGUGAUCCACCAGGUGCUGCUCAAGGUGCUUGCGGAGCCCACGGCCUUCCACAGCCCCGCGCGGUACUGGCGCCUCGCGGCCCUGACUCUGCGGUGGCUCCGACUGGUACUGCGAGGGCCCUUGCCUUUGUGCGCGUCGCCGGUGCUGGACAUGCUGAUCGUAAGGCCCUACAGCGAUAGCGACGCGACCGCGGCGGAUGUGUACCGGCGAUGUGCUAGUGGCAACGCGACCGCCUAUGCCUUUCGGUGCCUCCUGUGCUUGGAUUCGCCCGUCUUCGCGCAAGUGUUGAACCUGACGGUCCUGCACGGGCGCGCCCUGGACGGGCUUGCCAAAGAGGAGGAGGUGGCGUAUCCCUACAUGCAACAAUGCGCCAUGUAUGGCCUGGACGUGGUCCGGGUCUUGCUGCAGCGGGACGUGGCCUUCUGCCGGCUCCAUGCGCUGCAUGCGGAGAGGGCCGGCUCGGUGAGCAUGCAGGACGGGCCGCUGCUUGCGGCUCACAAGCUGCUGCUGGGGGAGUUUGCCUUCGUGUAUCCUCCGGUGGUGACGGUAGGCUGUGGGUCCUCCUCGUCUUCCAUCAACCCCUUCUGGUCACGAAGGCCACAGGACACCGCCGACUCGCUGGACGCACAGGCCAGUGGGCGACAGUACAACCCCAGCUACCUGGCGUUGCUCUCCGAGUUUGUCAGCGCUCGCGCUCCCAAAGUGGCGCGGCUGGCCCUCUACGUCUUCAUGCAGUGCGCGUUCCGCGCUCCCGAUCGGGUGCUUCGGCUGCUUCAGCUGGAGUCGUGGCGGCUGGCGGCCAUCAGCGCGGCCUUGCACGACAAAGUCGUCCAGCCAGGGGAAGAAGAGCCGGUGGAGCCUGCGAAGUCGGAAGGCAAAGACAAGAACAGUGGUGCUCAUUAUGAAGAGACCGGCCUGCCGAUCAGCCACUCCGUGGACGUCUUGCAGCAACUGGCAGAGGAUUCCGUGGUGGAGGCAGCGGACGUGAGCAUCUGGGCCCGGGGAUCUUCAGCGGAAGGCUCCGAGGCCGGGGUCUCCACCCUGCGGUGUGCGGCGGACUGCGCGGUGUUCCGCGCCGGGUAUCUGCGAGGCUUCGAGAUCCCCGCGAGCUGGCUGUCUCGGGGCGCCGGGGCCAUCGUGGGCGCCCUCAACGACGAGCACCGCGUGCAGCUGCCCUUCGCGGCGCUCUUCAACGAGUCAAGCAGAUCCUUGACCUUGCGCUUCUUCUUGCUGCUUCUAGGAGACGCGGCCUCGGAUAGCAGCUGGGGCCCCGCGCAGCAGCUGGCACAGCUCCUGCUAGGACUGGAUCCAACGAGCCGAGCUUUACCAGGCACUGUGGAUAUCGACCCCACGAGGGCCGACAACCCGUCCGCGCUGGACGCGCUCUUUCUUUUGUUGGAGAACCCUCCGGCCCUGCCGGUGUGGACCGACAACGGAGCCCCCAGGUCAUCCAGCAAGGCCUUGCAGCCUCACAACGCCACGCAGCCAGAGAUCAAGCAGGCGGUGGAGAACCACACCUCCUACGAAGCGGCCUUGUCCAUCGUGCUGAGCCUGUUGGCUCUGCCCGCCCUGCGGGAUGUGCUGUUGCGGUACAUGUGCCACGUCUGGCCGUCCCGGUACAAGGUCCUGAGCAACCUCUUGGCAGUGCCGUGGUCCUCGCUGACCACAGUGUUGCGCCGGAUCCUGCUCUCAGAGGCCGCCCUCAUCUGCCAGGUCUGCUCUUGGGAGAUGCGCCUGGUUUGGCCGGCUGGCCGACCUCCCCAGCUACAGCACGUGGACAUCGCGGGGCAGCAGCGGCUGGACAUGAAGAUGAAAGUCUCGGAGCAGUUGCAGGAGGUGGUGACGGGCUUGAUCUCGCCUGGCGAGACUGGGGUUUCAGCGCACGGCGCCGCGCCCUUCCUGGUGGCCACAGCCCUGCGCCUGGCGGACGCCUGCGACCGGGAGCUGGGGGAGGGUGCGUUGCUCUUCCGGGACUCCAUGCAGGUGCAGCUCAGGGCCUCCAGCUGCCCCUGCAUGGCCCCCUCCGCCGGCGGCCUCACCCGCAGCCUGGAGCUGCAGGACCCCUUCGUACUGCUGCAUUUGUCGGGGCUGAGCUAUCAGCUCAGCGCCACUGCAGGCGAAGGUGACCGCUCCAGGUAUAAGGAGGACUUGCAGAAGCUAGGCUCGCACAACGAGUAUGCCUGUCUGGCCUACUACACUGAGCAAGCCUGCAAAUCCUUGGCGCUGUUUGCUGCUGGCGCCUUGUGCCAUCUGGUCGGCCGGCCUCCGGCCAUGAGCGGGGCCGGCGACCUGCGUGCGCAGGCGGCCCAGGCGCAUUUGGAGGCCCUGCUGCCGGCCAUGACCACCGAGGCGCCGAGGCGCCUGGAGCUCCUCUCAGGCUUGGCCACAUCCUUCUUGGCGGCCAUGCUGGAACGCUCUGAGGCGCCCCCCUUGGCCUUCGUGCGGCGGGUCUACGAGCUCUUCAGCUCGGCUCUGCUGCCCACGGCAUCCCGGGAGUCCAGGCGGAACUUGGAGGAGGCCAUGCUGCUGCUCUUGCAGCGGAUGCUGCCUGAUCCGGCCUACGAAGCCUCUCAAGGGCUUCAGCCCUCGGAGUUGGACGAGAAGGACCUCCAAGAUCUGUCCAAGCUGCUGACGUCGCUGAUGGCCGCCGCUGUUGCGGAGGUGGAGCGCUCGGAGUCCGUGGCCUUGCCGCUGAUGUGCGCCCUGGUGACGCGGGUCCCCGCCCGGCAGCGCAGCAAGGUCUUUUCCGGCCAGCUUUGGCAGCACCUCGCGGAAAUCCUCGCCCGGACCGAGCCGGCCGUGGGAACGGCCGCGGGCGGAGGCGGCGUCUCGGGGGCCGUGGGCAGCGCGGCGGCGCUGGCGGCGGCGCUGUGCCAAGCGCCGGAGGCCGCGAGCGCCUUCUUCGAGGCGGCAGGCCUCUAUGCGAUUUUGCGUCCGGAGAUGAUGCAGGCGAAGCUGCGGCUGGCCCCUGCUGGCUUGCACGCGCUGGAAACCACGCACCCGGCCGCUUUGGUCUCCGUGCUGCAAGUCCUGGUUUCAGUCUUGGGAACUCUGCCCACGCACAACCUGGUGCUGCAGAGCAUCCUGCAGUGGUUGGAGAAGCAGCUGCAGCCGUUGCUGGACAUCCUGCAGUGGGUGACGCGCUUGCCCGUGGCCAUGUCCGCGGAGCCCCGGAACCAAGUGCUCGGACCCACGGUGGGCACCGGCACGGGGCCCUCCGCUGUGGUGUCGGCGUUGAUGGCGCGGAGCGGCGGCUCCGCUGGCAAGACGGGGAUGGAUGCCAUGCUCCUCCACUGCAGGACUGUUGAAGACACCGACUGCGUGGACGGCCUGGGCAUGUCGCGGAUUCCCACCGGCGUCUCCGAGAGUGACGGGCCGGAGGGUGUGGCACUCUGCUACCGCUGCGUGUCGCUCUUUGUGGAGCUUUGGUGGCUCCUCCACGCGGCGGUGGCGGGGCGGCUGAAGGGCGGCAGCCUCAACGACCCCUUCUACGCCCGGCUGCAGCAGCUGGAGCCGGUGGUGCACCCGGCGCUGCCGAGCUUGCUGAUGCAGGUGGCCAGCGCCUACGUGCCGGACCAGAAUGAGAUGUCGGACGGGGCCACACAGCUGCCAGAGGCCAUGUACCCGUCCGCGCCCACCAAGCUGAAGAUCUGCUCCAACGUGCUGCAGGGCUGGAGAUACGACAGCCUCACCCGGCAGAUCAAGUCCUUCGUGAACCAAGGCCCGCAAGGCCCGCGGCUUCAGGUCUCUCCGUUUCAGCAGGUCCUCCCCUCCGUGCCAUCCGCCCCAGUGCCGUCGGACAGACUGGCGCUGGUGUCCCAAGGCAUCGUCUCGGAAGCGCGGCUGAGGUCCGGGGUGCUGUGCGCGGUCUUCGUGCACGCCUGCGCGGCGCUGCUGGAGCUGCGCUUCGGCGAGGAGCUCAAAGCCACGGAGGCCAAGGGCCACGAGCUGCACUUCAAGUCCUCCGGGCCGACCUUCAGGCACUUGCUGCUCAUCGUGGAGGUGUCUCUGCACUUGUUGUGCCUGCACAUGACCUUGCUCACCGCCGCGGCGGACCUGGAGGGCAACCAGAACCCCACCAACCCGGUGGCGGGGAUCCCCCGGCUGCAGGUGGUCAGCCAGUACCUGCGGCUGCUGAUCGACUUCGCCUCCGCCUCCGGGGGCUCGGUGGCGUUGACGUCGCGGCUCCCGGGACGCAGCUCCCCGGAAGCCGGGGUCGUCUCUAGCCUCGUCUUCGCCGCCAGCGUCGCCUCCACGGCAGAGAAGCUCGUGGCGAAGCUGCAGCUGCAGCAAGGCAGGCUAUGAUUG